UAUUAGGGUGGGUAAAGGGGAAUGUUUUUCAGGGUCAGUGCUGCACUCAUUUAUUUAGCAUUGCAAUUGAUUGUGGAGUUGAACUAAGAAAAGGCAUCAUCCAUUACAAUGGAAUGCUUCCUUCAGAGACACCAAGAUUUGUGAUUUGUGUCAAAAAGUUGAGAAAGGAGCACACAGCGCAGUUUGCCUUUGCCAUUCUCCCCACUAAACAAGUGUGGUUGCUGUUUAUUUGUUUAUUUCUCCACUUGGAUGAAAGAGAUUUGACUAAGCGAAAGACAACUGCACAUUUUUCGAUCCCUUUUACUUCGGCAUAUAAAAUGCAACCCCCAGGUUAUCUGCAAGCAAUAGCUCUCCAACAUGAGUUCGUUUGCACAUGGAAAGAGCAGCAGCACUACCAUCCUCUUGCUUUUUAUUUCUUUUUUCACACUUCUGAGUGAUCUGUGUACAUUACUCGUUCCUGUGGAUGCCAAAAGCCACGUGUACGUUGUUUAUAUGGGCAAAAGACCACAUGACAAUGAAGAGCUGUUGGUAAAGACCCAUCAUGGAGUUCUUGCCUCCGUCCUUGGGAGCCAAGAAGCACCUGCAGAUUCCAUGGUGUAUAACUAUAAAUAUGGAUUUUCGGGUUUUGCAGCAAAGCUUACAAUGGCUCAAGCACAAAAGAUCUCAGAGUUGCCUACUGUGAUUAAAGUCAUACCGAAUCGUCUUCACAAAAUGCAAACCACUAGGAGCUGGGACUACCUUCAACUCUCUCCACGACUUCAGAACUCUCUUCUACAGAAAUCGAGAAUGGGAAACGGGGCCAUCAUUGGCCUCCUUGAUACAGGGAUCUGGCCAGAAUCUGAAGUAUUCAGUGACAAUGGUCUAGGGCCCGUUCCCUCUAGGUGGAAGGGUAUCUGUGAGUCAGGAGAGUUGUUCAGUCCAGGUAAGGCCUGUAGCAGAAAGCUAAUUGGAGCCCGGUAUUUCAUCAAGGGGCUGGAAGCUGCAUAUGGACAUCCAUACAAUAAUAGUGGGUUCCAAGAUUACUUGUCUCCGAGAGAUUACGCAGGACAUGGCACACACGUCUCUUCAGUUGCCAGUGGCUCCUUUGUAGCCAAUGUUAGUUACCAUGGCCUAGCUGUUGGAACAGUAAGAGGUGGCGCACCCCAGUCUCGGCUCGCUAUGUAUAAAGUCUGCUGGCAACUGAAUGGAGGAGUAUGCUCAGACGCAGACAUUCUCAAGGCCAUCGACCAAGCCAUACACGAUGGCGUAGAUGUUCUCUCUCUGUCCCUUGGCCCUACCUUUCCUUCAUAUUCUGAUGUCGACAUGCACAAUGGGGUUGCAAUUGGAACAUUUCAUGCUAUCGUGAAGGGGAUAGUUGUCGUUGGUGCAGCAGGAAAUUAUGGUCCAGCUGCUUACUCUGUAGCAAAUAUAGAACCAUGGUUGUUGACAGUCGCUGCAAGUUCUGUGGAUCGUUCAUUCUUAGUAGCGAUUACAUUGGGAAACAACUGGACUACCGUGGGACAAGGGAUGUUCAGUGGAAAGUUGAGGAGGUUCCACAAUUUAGUAUAUCCCGAGGUUUCUGAUCUGGAGGAUGAACGCGCCUGCGAAUCUCUAUCCUUAAAUGAUACGUGGGCAGCCGGAAAUGUGGUUCUCUGUUUCGCAUCAGACGAUUUUAAUGACAAUACACACCAUACUUCUCGGUCUGUCAAAAAAGUUGGUGCGUUGGGGCUCAUUGUUGCCAAGAACCCUACCAAGGACGUUGAACCAUUCAUAAACCACUUUCCAUGCGUUCAAGUAAGCCUUGAGAUUGGAAUGCAUAUACUUAACUAUAUCCGCUCUACCAGAAAUCCUCAAGUCAACAUCGGUCCUUCGAGGACACGAAUCGGCCAAUCAUUGUCCACCACUGUGGCCUACUUUUCGUCUCGAGGACCUAAUUCAGUUGCUCCAGCAAUACUGAAGCCCGAUAUUGCUGCUCCAGGCGUUGCUAUUUUAGCUGCAGUUCCUCCCUCUGAUCCAAAGGAUAAAAACUCUUACGCUUUUAUUUCUGGGACAUCCAUGGCAACUCCUCAUGUAUCAGCCAUUGUUGCCCUUCUCAAAUCUUUGCACUCGCAUUGGUCCCCUGCUGCAAUUAAGUCAGCUAUCGUUACAACAGCCUGGACUUCGGAUCCAUAUGGUGAAACAAUAUUCGCAGAGGGACGCCCAAUCAAGUCUGCGGGUCCUUUUGAUUUUGGAGGUGGAAUUGUGAACCCCAAUAAAGCAGUGGACCCUGGUCUUGUAUAUGACAUGGGAAUGGCAGACUAUAUUCGGUAUUUCUGUGCCAUGGGCUACAAUGACUCUGCCAUUUCAGGGAUUACCAAGAAGCCCAUAUCUUGCCCCAAAAGACGGCCAUCUAUUCUUGACACAAACGUGCCAUCCAUAACAAUACCUGGCCUCAAACACUCCGUGACUGUCACCAGAACUGUCACCAAUGUGGGUGCAGUCAACUCCACAUACAAGGCUGCCAUUGAGACUCCACCCGGGCCCGGCAUAGCCAUAGCUGUAAAGCCUCGUAUGCUAAAAUUCAACCACAAGAGGAAGAUCAUCUCCUUCACCGUCACUGUCUCUUCUAAUCAUAGAGUCACAACCGGAUACUGUUUUGGAAGCUUGACAUGGCUUGAUGGGGUUCAUUCUGUUAGAAUCCCAAUAUCCGUAAGAACUGACAUUUGACAUUGCACUCAAAUGGGCAGAUUUGUAUGAUCAAUAUCAUUUAACUGAUAUUUGACGUUGCAC